AUGCCUAAACGUCUAUGGUGUGGUGCUUUAGUGUUUGUUUCAUUGUGCAUGAUCUUGUGCUCUUUUUCUGCAUUUGCAAAACAGGAAGAAUUUUCUUCUUGUCGUUCCCUUGCUCUUGGCUCUGGUGGCGAUCGAGGAUCUUUUGAGAUUGGAGUAUUGAAAUAUUUAGUCGAAAAGAGACCUCUAGAGGAAACUCAAUAUCGAGUCGUGACUGGCAAUAGUGCAGGAGCCAUCAAUGCAGUGGCAUUUAGUCAAUUUCAAAUUGGACAAGAAGUGAAAGCAGUGCAGUAUCUUCUCAACGAAUGGUCCAGUCUAAAAUCCGACUUGAUUUAUCAAAAUUGGAAACCAUUUGGAAUUGUUCAAGGCUUCUUUCUAAAAACUUCCUUAUUCGACAGUUCUCCCUUAGAGAGCUAUUUGUCAAAACAUUUAAAUUGGACACAAUUACAAAAAUCUGAUCGAUUCUGGAAAGUAGGAGCCACUGAUCUUUCAACCUUCUCCUAUCGAGAAUUCACAAGUGAGAACCAUCUGAAUUUUGAUCAAAUCGUAACGGCAGUGAGAGCAAGCUCAGCCAUUCCAGGAAUAUUCUCUGCUGUGAGUAUUGACAAUUCUUUGUAUGUGGAUGGCGGAGUGAGAUAUGUGACACCCAUUACAGAUGCCAUUGAGAAGUGUAAAAACCUCACUUCGGGAAGUGUCGUUGUGGAUGUUUUGUUGGCCAUUAAUUCCGUUCCCUUUCCGAAAGUGUUUGAUUUUCAUACCACGCCUUUUAUUUUGUUGGAAACUAUGUUUGGGUCUAUGAUGGAUAUUGUAUUGAGGGAUUUAGAGAGUGCCCGACUUGCCUAUAAGGAUGAUCCUUUGGUGGAGAUUAGAGCCUUCAUUCCCAAUGAGUGGCUUCCAGGUUACUUUAUUGGAUUUGAUAAGCAGCAAAUGGAGUAUAUGAUUGAGAAGGGAUAUGAAACCGCAAAGAAGUUCUUUGAGAAGAAGAAUUAA